GGCUGACAGGACCAGAAAGGGCAGGAGAGGCGGAGGAAAACAGUGAGCAAACCACAGAAGAAGCCUCGUCUCUAGGAUACGGAGAAAGCGUUCCUGUCGGACUGAUGGGAUGCUAUCGAUGGAGCAUCUUCACCUGGAACAUGUUCUGCAGACUGUGUGUGUGUUGGAGUCAGUCAUCCUCCGCAGUUUUGGCCCUGAAGGAGGACAGGUGCUGUUUACCCGAGACACCGGACAGGCGAUGUUGAGCCGCAGCGGGACCCGCAUUCUCACUGCGCUCCAACUGGAGCAUCCACUGGCCAGGAUGGUGGUGGAGUGUGUCUUGAAACACAGCACUGUAACAGGCGAUGGAGCUAAGACCUUUAUCCUGCUGCUGGCGUCAUUACUACGGAUGAUUCAUACAAUGGCUUGCAAGGAGCCUAAUGUGUCUCACACCUAUAACUCCAGGGAAGCAGCAGAGGCUGCCACUGCCAGGCACUUGGCUGACAAAAUAUUGGCUUUUUCAUUGGAGGAGCUGGGUGAUCUCAUUGUCAAGGGAGUGGGCCCGCAUGGAUACUUUCUUUCGUGGGAGGAUUUAACUGCACAGACACAAUCACCUGGGCACACAAACUCUCACAGCAUUCAAAAGCUGCUGGCAUCAUUCUUUCAUUCACGUUUGGGUCACACCCACUGUGACCUUAUUAGUGACCUCACCUGUGAACUGCUCGCUCACUGUAAGUUUAAAAAUGACCUACCCUCCUCAUCACUCCAGUUUGUAAAUGACAACUUUCCUGCAUUGCAUACACCUGUAUCAGGCUUCCCUAUUAGUUGCUCACGUUUGAUUGAGGGGCAGGUCAUUCACAGGGACUUUGCUACACCCUGCCCUCAGACUGACCACCAGCCAAUCAAAGCUGUAGUUUUCACUGGGUACCUGCAACCAAAAUUGCUCAGUGCAGGAGAAGUGCUGGAGAUGGGAGGUGGAGAGCACGGGGUGGAGGAGAAUUCAAGGAAGGAGAGAAAUAUUAUGCAGUUUAGUGCCUGGGCAGAAAGGUCACUUGAGUGUGUCAUUGCAAAGCUGCAGAGUCUGGGUGUCUCUGUGGUCCUGUCUGCAGUGAAACAGUCGGCUGCUGUCCUGGCUUUAGCCGCACAGGCAGAGAUGUGCGUUGUGGAAUGUGUCAGUGAAGAUGAGCUGUCUCUCUUUGCCCAGCUAAGUGGGGCCACACCAGUUUCGGACUGCUUGAUGAUUGAACCAGAGCACGUUGCCAUACUGACCUUUUGCAGACCAAUACUGCUGGGAUCCCAUAGGUAUGUCCAUGUGGCUUUCUAUGACUCAGAGGUCAUGGUCACACCCUGUAGUCUGGUCAUUUGUGGAGCAGGGGAAGGACAAACUGACCAGUAUGGAUGUGCGUUUCAAGAUGCCAUCCGCAUGCUACUUUCAACUUGGGAGCCCAUGAGUAUGACUGCAGCUACAGCAUCAAAGAGGACCUUGCACACAGACAAAAGCUCAUCUUUACAUACAGAUGAUCAGAUCCCUAAUGCACCUCUCCUCCAGCAGUGUGUGUUGGAGCCAGGCUGUGUCAUACCUGCUGGUGGGACAUUUGAGUUCCUCUUAAACCAUGUCCUCCUACAACAUGGCCGCAGCUGCUCAGUUUCUGAUGAUACAAAUAUGGAUAUCCCUGCUGUUUGCCAGCUCUUGGCAAAUGCUCUGUUUAGCAUUCCCCGACAGAUUUACUCCCACAGCCGGAGACGUUUCCUGCAAAUUCAAACUAGGCUCCUGAGUUUUAUUCAAAAUAAUUCCCACCCUUUCAGCCUUGUAUACAAACAAGAACGCAACACAAUCCUCACACAGGAUCAGGGCGAAAGCGAAUUUCCUCUAGAGGAGGGUAAACUAAGCAUACAUUGUUGUAGAGAAGCUGACAUGCCAUCAAAAGUUUUUAUGUCGCACUUGGGCCUUGAAUCUGUCUCCUGUAAAUACAAGCUGCUUCUGGCCGUGUUGCAGUGCGCCUCAAGUCUUCUUCAUGUGGACACUGUGCUGCACACACGCACUGCCUCACACGCUCAGUCACGCAGACUUGCAAACAUUUCCUGGGAGGGCACAGAGGACGAGGCUGAAGAUUGAGAUUGUAUUGUGCCCCGAGAUGAAAGCCAUAAACGCAGUUUCUAGUUUCUCUCUGUACUUACUCAGGUAUCAUUCAAAAGUUGGAGGAAAUAAUUUGCACUUUAAUAUAGACUGCUACAUUAAUUUUUGUAUGGCCACAGUAUUUUUUUUUCAAAACAAUUUAUUUAUCUCACUACAAAAUGUUUGUGAUGCGUAUUUGUAAUGCAGGUUUAUACUUCCACUGAGAUAAUAAAUUACAUUGAUGGCAGUACUAUUGUGUGGUGCUGUUUAUGGGCCAAUAAAAUGUAAUGGUGGUUCUGCGCCAACCUGUCCUGAAUCAAGGCUAGGUUUGGCAAUAACAGUAAAAAAGAAAACAUCAAACAACUUAGCGUUACUCUGUGCAGAGGAAAGAAUGUGAAGUUGUUAUCAAAUAAUUUAGUCUUUAUCUACUGUGUUAAUGUGAAGUAGUGUGAGUGAGUCAGUGUUGACGUUGGCCUCUUUACUCUUCACUUCUCAUCAUGGUUCCUAUUUUUCAACAUUUCUCUUCCUUAUCUCAAUUUUCCGGCCCUCUUCCUUUGGCCAGAACACAUUCUGUUACAUAAAAGGCACACACACAGAACAACAUGGAGACGUUGUCACACAUGUAUACACGCUCCUUUUUAUAAUCAACGUUAUCUCCAUAGUGGGGGUGGGGUGUCUGAGAGGGAAACACCCGGCUGUCAACAACCAAAUCAAAGUGCACUUCCUCAUGCUAUAAUCAGAGGAACACUAACUCUAUUCUCACCUCUUUUUUGAUGAAUGGUGACUCAUUAGAAAUAACUAGGCCCACAGCCAUACAUAAUCGUGCACCGUAUACUGUAAUCAGUGUGUGUUUAGUUUUGAACACAAAUUUUCCAUAAAUUAAUUGUCAUGGCAUGACUCACAAACAAAGACAGGUCUUGGCUUUGUUUGGGCUUCAGAUCAAACUCUACAUGAGUCACUCUUGAUGAGCGCAAAUAUCAAAAGAGGGUGAAGCUGGAGGGAGAAGACAGAAUGUUUUUUUCCACCGUGCACAUGGAAAAGAACUUGGAUGUUGUUUUCAGUGUUAUUGAGGCACCUACGCCCUUCUAACCCUUACAUGCCCCCUGUAUCCUCCACAGCUAAUUCACACGGAGUAGUCAGUUUGAUACUGCGUCAAUUUAAUAGUAAAGAUUUUGCUAUUUAGUGAAUUAUCUUCACCCAGUGACCUUUUGUGAAUAGGCCAAAUGAAAAAUAACAGCUCAUUUGACUCUCUCUGUGUAUCAGGGCUGCACAGUUAAUCAAAAUACUACUGAAAUCACAAUAUGGCUAAGAGAUCCAAAUCGUAGGAGCUGCAAGUUUUUGAUAAAAUGUGUCAAAACAUAUCAGUAUAAAUGAAGCAUUGUGGUGCUACAGACAUGCCCUGGCCUACAAAUCAUAAUCCAGAUGUAAGGAAACAUGCUUUUUUGGUACAGACCUCAGCAA